AUGUGGUCAGAUUUUAAGGAGUGGAGAUCAGAUGGUAAAGUUUCACCCACUGACCAAGUAAAAAUUGUGUUUGUCGGUGAAUCUGCCAUGGACAAUCGAUGUCCAAAGAGAGAGUUUUUCUCAGGUAUUGUAUAUUUUCCAAGUGUGUCUAACAUGCUUCUGUGUUGUAUUGAAUAUGUGUAAGGUACUCAUUUGCAUUCGAAUCUUGAAUGUAUGUUGAAUACAAAUAUUCAAUACAACAUAUUGGGUAAUCCCCUUAGAAAUGUAUAUGCAUUCCAUAUCUUGGCUUUUCAGUUUUGCAAAGUGGAAAUACUAACAAAAUUUCCACUGCAAAUUUUGUGAAUAUUUUAAAAGCGUUCCUGUCACAAAAAGAACAAGUCAAGUCACAAAUUGCAACCUCUGAUUAACUUAAAAUCCUAACAGAUUGACAAUAGACCUUGAGAAGAAAAAUUGAGUUUAGUGUGUGAAAUAAAUUUCAUAUAUUCUCAACACAAAGCUUGUAAUUUUUUAAUUUUUUAAGAAAUAUUGGAACAUGUUGAAAGAAAACUAGCAAACCUAUUAACUCAACAGUAUCCCUUAUGAAUGGAGAAUUUCGCCUUGCAGGUGAAAUCAAAGUGAUGUCAAUCCUUCAAGGUGGGCCAGCUCCAUCAAUUAUCAAUUUUGAUGUGUACAAAUAUCUCACUAAACAGAUACUGAGAACAGAAGGCAUGACUGUGUCCAAGUGA